UACAAUUAUUUAUUUAAAAAAUUUUUAUAAUAUUUUCUUUAUUUUAUAGGCUAUUUCACAUUUAAAUUUAAGUAAUAAAUGGUCAGAUACGAUUGUUCAAUGUUAUGGUUUGACGCAAGAUCCAUUAAAUGGAGAUUAUAUGCUUGUAAUGAAUAAAUUGGAUAUAGAUUUAAGAAAAUAUUUACAGCAAAAUCAUAAUCAACUUACAUGGAAAGAAAGAAUUCAAAUUGCUGCUGAAAUAAUUUUAUCACUUUUACGAAUUCAUGAUGAAAAUGCAAUUCAUAGAGAUUUGCAUUCUGGAAAUAUAUUACUUAGAAUUGGUGGACAUUGUAUUAUUAGUGAUCUUGGAUUUUGUGGACCUGCAGAUAGACCAUUAAAAAGUAUAUAUGGAAAUCUUCCUUAUAUUGCACCAGAAGUUAUUGCAGGAAAAAAAACUACUUUUGAAUCUGAUAUUUAUAGUAUUGCAAUGCUUAUGUGGGAAAUUUCAUCUGGACAACCCCCUUUUAAUAAUUAUGAGCAUGAUUAUUAUCUUGCAAUGAAUAUUGUUAAUGGUAUGAGACCAAAAAUUGUACCAGGAACUCCUAUAGAAUAUAAAAAUUUAAUGAUACAAUGCUGGGAUGCUAAUCCGUUAAAGCGACCUGAUACUGUUACACUCAUGGAAGAAAUAUAUAAGCUUAAUUUAAUUUAUCAAACUAAAUCAGAUGAUUUGGUUCAAUUAAAAGAAAAUGAUAGUUUAUAUAUGAAUAGUUCAGAAAAUUAUACUAGCAGUAGCAAGUUAUUUACAAGUAAAAUUCAUCAAUUUGAAAAUCUUCCUGAACCAAGAAAUGCAACAGAAGAAGAACAACAGGCAUUUCACAGUAACAAAUCAUAUGAUUUUCAUAUCCCUAAUAAUAUCGAUGAUAUUGGUAACUUGGGUUCUCAGAAUAAUAAUUCUUCAAAAAUAACUAGCAGUAACAAAUCAUUCAAAAGAAGAUUAGAAAAUGAUUAUCAAGAAAUAAUGCAACAAAUGAAGAGAGAUCAUAUUAAUAUUGAUGAUGAAGAAGAAAUAUAUAAUAAUCCAAAUUUUCAUUCUGAAGAACAAGAUGAAUUUGAACUUCCCGAGAUGAUGUCAUAUUUAUGUCAUAUUUAGAUAUGGAUGAAAUUAAUUGACAUUAACAUUACAUUAUUAUAUUUAAAGUUUGUUAUAAAUUAUUUAAACACUAAGUCUAGAGUAUU